AUGGCUGAAGAAACCCAGGUUCUCUCCAUCCAAGACCGCAUCCGGGCCCUGAAGCAGGCACAAACCGGUACCUCUGAGGCAGCGGGAUCGCCGCUCUCGGGAUCGCAGCCGACCGCCUUUGCUCUCCGUCCAGCUCCAACUCCUUCACAGUCAAACGGUGUCAGCAGCCCUCCCCCUCCUUAUAGUAUCCGACCGCCACCAUCGGUAGGAGGAGAGUCUCUGGUGUCCAAUGUUUCGCAGCGCGUCUCAACAUCGGACGGCAUCGCGACUCCGCCGCCCACCUCUAGGCAACAGCAAAAAAAGCCCCCACCGCUGCCCGCCCGCAAAAGCUCGAGCCAACUCGCCCCAUCGCUGCCACCUCGGAGACCGUCUGCAGCGUCUAUCGACUCGGUAACGUCUGAUGCGUCUCGAUCGACAUCUACGAGCACAGGAAGGUCAACGGGGAGCACUAGAGCUACAACACCAGGGUCGGUCGUGAAGGCGCCGCCAUGGGGCGUUGGAGAGCUUCCCCCGUUGCCGCCGAAGCGAACGAGCACGAACACCAGCACGCAGUCCGUUGUAUCGCCAUCGAGGCCGAAACCUACCACAUCGGGGAGCAAUGGGCGGUUGCCGCCUCCGCGACCGACGCUUCCGCCUCGUCGGUCUUCCGGCCAGGGUGUGUUGACCGUUUCGACGGAGAGCAGUGUUCAGCCGCGGUCGGUUCCAACACUGCCUCAGAGGCGUGACAAGUCUCCCAGUCCCCCAGCUGAUGAGACAAGCGGGCGGACUCAGGGUAGACGGGUCCCUCCACCGCCUCCAUCGGGAGCUGCAUUGGACAAGAUCAGAGGGGCAGGGCUUGGAGGACUGAACAAGAAGACAUCGGGCACUACCACAGAGCCUGCCGGUGCACCACCGCCAGUGCCUUUGGGGUCUCGUCCAGACCUCUCUGCGAUCCAGGUGACAAAGCCACGCAUUGCUGUAUCAAACGAGGCGCCGCCUGCGGCCGCAGCGGCGUGCUUGAAAUGUCGCGACUUCUCUGCGCCUGACGCACAUGCCGCGCGGUAUCCGAGACAGUCGCUGCCGACCCACGAUCUUGGGUGGCUAGCCAGGGAACUCACCACGCCCUUUAUUUCGGCCACUGACAAGGCUCGGGCCAUCUUUACAUGGCUGCAUCAUAACAUAGACUACGAUACAGUGUCGUUCUACAAUAAUAAUGUAAAGCCAGCUACGCCUGACAGCACUCUUGCCUCAGGACUGGCCGUAUGCGAGGGGUACGCGAAACUAUUUGCUACGCUAGCUACUCAUGCGGGCCUAGAAGCCAAGGUGGUCUCUGGUCACGGCAAGGGCUACGGCUACGCCGCCCCGGCGCCCGGCGCACCUCUCCCACCCUACUCUCCCAGUGGACACGCCUGGAACGUAGUCCGCAUCGACAACGGGCAGUGGAAACUGAUCGACCCGUGCUGGGGUGCCGGACACGUCCAAGGGCCAGACAUGCCGUACGUCCGCAGCUUCACGCCCGCAAUGUUCACCGAUACGAACGACGAGUUCGGGCUCAAGCAUUUCCCCAAGGACCGCUCGCAAUUCUACCGCGACGACGGCCGGCCCGAGAUCACCUGGGAAGAGUACAUUCUGGGGAACCCGAACUCACCUCUUGGGGCCGCGCAGCCGAUGGUCUUUGGCGACGCAAAGAAACACAGUAUCGGCGACCGGUCGUUCCGGCCGGCUGCGGCCCGGAUCUCGAUUCGGGAGCCGGGACCCAUGCGUUUCCAGUUUAACCUGAUCUGCGAGCACUGGUCGCUGGAACGACACAGUCGUGCUAAGCCGGGGUUGUUCUUGCUCAUGAUCCAUGGCUUGGACGGUAGGCAAGACGACCGGCUCCCGUUGACACACUGGCGAGGGUCUGGGUCCGGCGGCGGAGGCGAUGUAUGGUAUGUCGACAUCUUGGACCCGCGAACGCUGGGCGCGCCGGGGCAGAAAGUGCAGCUGGCGGUAUUGACGAAGUUUGGCGACUUGGAAGAUGCACGUGGAGUGACGGUGGAGGAGUAUCAGCGACAGGUCGGCCGGGUGGGGAUGGCGUGGGCGUACAUUGCAGAAUGGGAGCUCGUGGUGUGAGCGCGACCGUGGAGUCGAGCAAGGGACAGUGGACACUCCACUCUGGGGACGGAGAGUUCCGGCCCUCUCUCCGUAUUUCUCCAGACUCCAGUUUUCUGUUGUCUGCUCGUCUGCUCGCCUGCUCGUGUGCUCGUUUCUUGUUUAUACCCUGCCUUUUUUUUUUCUGCUUUGGCUUUUACUUUCACUUUCUAUAGUUAAUAAGCCCUAAUGGUAAUAAUGAGACAUGAGACGAAC